AUGGCUACAUUUACCGACGUCCCUGUGAAGAAUCACUCAAAGGCGCAAGAGUCUCACUCGGAAGACCACGACGUUCAGCAAAGCGAAACCAAGCGGAAGAGCUCAGGUGUACUGAACGUGGUUGUGUCGGGGCUAGCAUUAUUCAGUGAUGGAUACAAUGCCCAAAUCAUUGGCUACAUGGAACCGUUGUUCUCGGUGCUCUACCUAAAUGGCAUGUCUUCAAUCAUCAAGUCCCGCCUUUCCAACUCCUACCUAAUCGGGGAGAUUUUCGGGAUGCUCUUUUUUGGUGUCUUGAUCGACCGUAUCGGCCGUCGGACUGGUGUCAUUGCCGCUACAGCUUUCCUCAUUCUAGGAGUGGUCUUGGCUACCGCAUCUCACGGAAGCACACAGCUGGGCAUGUUUUGGAUGAUGAUUGUAGCACGAGGUAUUGCUGGGUUUGGAGCUGGCGGAGAGUAUCCAGUCUGUGCAACCAGUGCCACCGAGGCUGCUGAUGAAACAGCUAAACUCCGGAAACGGCGCGGCUUUCUCGUGGCUGCGACGACGGAUUUUGCGGUUGAUCUGGGAUUCGUCGCGGCAGGUCUGGUCGCCCUGAUUGUGCUGGCUUGUUAUAAACAGCAGGAUUCAGAAAGCGUCUGGCGAAUCACCUUCGGGUUGGGCAUUGUAUUGCCAAUUUCCAUCUGUUUUUUCCGUGUUCGGAUGGUCAACUCCACGCAAUAUCGGAAACACGCCAUCAAAUCACAGUAUCCAUAUAUGCUGGUAUUGCGUCGUUACUGGAAGCCUAUGCUUGGAACAUCUUUGGCCUGGUUCUGCUACGACUUCGUGACUUAUCCCUUUGGUUUGUUCUCGUCAACAAUCAUUGAACAACUUAAUCCUAACAACACCACGGUGCAAAAUAUUGGAUACGGAACGGUCAUCAAUUGCUUCUAUCUACCUGGUUGCUUGCUUGGUGGGCUACUCAUGGAUCGCAUCGGCCGCAAGCAGACUAUGACAUUGGGAUUCAUGCUCUGGGCAGUAUGGGGCUUUAUUAUUGGAGGCGCGCUGCAUCAGAUUCAGAGUGUAUUUCCCUUAUUCGUGGUGAUGUACGGCAUCUUCCAGGCCCUCGGAGAGAUGGGUCCUGGUGUCUCAACAUUUCUUUGCGCUUCUGAAUCCUUCCCAACACCGCUGCGUGGCCAUUUCCUUGGCUUUGCCGCAGCAGUUGGGAAGGCGGGGGCCUCCAUUGGAACUGAGGUCUUCACCCCAAUCCAGAACUCGUUUGAAUCCACUGAAAAGGGCCAACAGGCGGUGUUUUUGAUUGGAGCCGCCUUCACAGUGGUUGGCGGUCUUAUUGCCUGGUUGUUGAUUCCGGAUAUGUCUCGCGCGCUGGAAACAGAGGAUGCUCGCUUCAAGGAGUAUCUGGAACAAAACGGCUAUGACGUUAGCCUGUACGGUGAGGCAUUGGUUGUCAGUUCACGAGACUCGGCUUGA